CCCCGGAACGGGCUGAGCUCCCCCCGAGCGGCUCCGGAAAGAGCCGAAGGGCCCCGGAUCCCCUUCCACCCCCCUCGGGUCUGGAGACCCCCGAGGCGGCUCCUAAACUUGCCGAGCGGCUCCAGAGGGUCCCGAAGCGGUUCUGGAGGAUCCCGAAGGGGCUUCGGAAAGUCACGAAGUGAUUCGCGGUCGUUCCGGAACUUCCCGAACCGGUUCCGGAACUUUACGAAGCGGCUCAGGAGAUCCCCGAACCCUUCCCGGACUUUCCCGAAGCGACUCCGGAAGUUGCCGAGCGUCUCCGGAAGUUGCCGAGCGGGGCGGCCCUCAGCGCUUGCCCCCGGCCCCGUCGGUCCCGGACCCCCCGAAACCCCCCGAAACCCCCCCCAAAAACCCCCAAAACCCCCCAGAAAGCCCCGAGCCGCCGCUCCCCCCGCGCCCCCCGGGGGGGCCGGCGCCGCCCCGGCCCGGGCCGGCAGGAUGAUCAAGCUGUUCUCGCUGAAGCAGCAGAAGAAGGAGGAGGAAUCGGCCGGAGGCACCAAGAGCUCCAGCAAAAAGGCCUCGGCGGCGCAGCUGCGGAUCCAGAAAGACAUCAACGAGCUGAACCUGCCCAAGACGUGUGAGAUCGACUUCUCCGACCAGGACGACCUGCUGCACUUCCGGCUGCACAUCUGCCCUGACGAGGGUUUCUACAAGGGCGGCAAAUUCGUCUUCAGCUUUAAGGUGGGCCAGGGGUACCCCCACGACCCCCCCAAGGUGAAGUGCGAGACGAUGGUUUAUCACCCCAACAUCGACCUGGAGGGCAACGUGUGCCUCAACAUCCUCAGGGAGGACUGGAAGCCCGUCCUGACCAUCAACUCCAUCAUCUACGGCCUCCAGUACCUGUUCCUGGAGCCGAACCCCGAGGACCCCCUGAACAAGGAGGCGGCCGAGGUCCUGCAGAGCAACCGGCGCCUCUUCGAGCAGAACGUGCAGCGCUCGCUGCGGGGGGGCUACGUGGGGGCCACGUACUUCGAGCGCUGCCUCAAGUGACCCCCUGCCCCGAAAUCCCCCCCAAAAACACCCCCGGGACCCCCCCCAAAAAUCCCUGACCCCCCUGGACCCCACAGAGCCCCCCAAAACCCCGCUCGGGGGGGCUCUGUGGGGGCCACAGACAUCAAGUGACCCCCCCCCCCUAAAAAAAUUCCCCCAAAAAACACCCCCGGGACUCCCCAAAAAACCCCCAAACUCCUCCCAUACCCCCCCCCCCCAAAACACCCCCAGGACCCCCUAAAUACCCCUUUUGGGGGGGGGAGGUGACGUGGGGGCCACUGACAUCGGGACUCCCCCGGGGACCCCACAUAUCCCCCCCAACACCCCCAGGACCCCCCAAAUUCCCCUUGUGGACCCCCCAGGACCCCCAA